CCAAGAUGGCGGGGAUCCCCCUGUACUUUGUGGACUUGCAGGAUGACUUAGACGAUUAUGGAUCUGAGGACUACGGUCCCUCGUGCGACGGCAUGAGGGUGACAGCCUUCUUGGACGUUCUGGGCCAGGACAACCUGCCUGCACUUGCUCGCCUGGAGAAGUACACUUUCAGCGGCAACAUCUUCAGCCGUCAGAUUAUUGCCAGAGGGCUGCUUGAUCUCUUCCGGGACUUCAGUAACAAUGAAGAAGACUUCAUAACGGUAGUGGAGAUCGUGGUCAGAUUGUCAGAAGACGCAGAGCCCACAGUGCGGGCUGAGCUGCUGGAACAAAUUCCUCCUGUUGCCAUUUUUCUCCAGGAAAACAGAUCCGAUUUUCCAGUGGUGCUAUCUGAACGUCUCGCACCCAUCGUGGUGCGCUGCCUCACAGAUCCAGACAACCAGGUUAGAAAAUCAAGUCAGGAGGUGCUGUUGAUUCUUCUGGAACAAGAUCUAAUUUUCCAGCACGAUACUGGCAAAGUGUGUCCAGUCCUGCUGGCGCUGUCCGCCCCUGACAGUGACGAUGAGGACAGAGCAGAAGCCGUUGAGUGUAAGUCCAUAAUCUGCAAGCUGGCGUCAGUGCUGAGCAAGAGCACGGUUGAACGCCUGCAGCUCCCUCGCUUCUGUGAGCUGUGUGGUGAUGGGAAGCUCUUUCCAGUUCGGAAGGUAUGUGCCACAGAUUUUGGUGAUAUUUGUCAUGCUGUCAGACAAGAAGCCACUGAGAAAUUUUUGCUCCCGAAGUUUUUUGAGCUCUGCUCGGACAACGCGUGGGGGAUGAGGAAAGCCUGUGCGGAGUGCUUCAUGGCCGUGUCCCACAACACGUCCCCUGAGGGCUGCCGGGCCAGGCUCUCGCCGCUCUUUAUCACACUGAUCAGCGACCCCUGUCGAUGGGUGCGCCAGGCUGCCUUCGAGUCCCUGGGCCCCUUCAUCUUCACCUUUGCCAACCCCUCCAGGGCUGGCCUUUUUAUUCGAGAGGAUGGCACCCUGAGCAUCCGACCACCGGCUCCGGAUUCGGACUCGGAUUUCACUUCCGGGUCACCGGGUGCAGGCAGCCAUGGUAACAUGUCCUCAGCCUGCUCCUCCAGUGGCCUGAUGGAGAACCCAACGGAAGACUCUGUCUUGGCUGGAGCCGAGCUGACCAGGCUUCCCCCUGAGGCCACGAAGCUCCCCAGUGUUAACGACCUCCCCGUCAACAGCCAUCCUGGACCAGACUCCUGUGCCCGCCCGGGGAGUCCUGAGGACGUUUUCAAUAAUUUCCUUUAUUGGCGAACUCCUCCUCCUGACAUAAGCAAGGACUUAGAGCUGCUCCUGAGCGAGGCUGGCCCGCAGGAGGAAGGUGGCGGCACACCCGAGGCCGUGCACCAGAGCUGUGUUGCUAGGAGCGAGAUUCAGAGAGUUCUGGAUGGUUUGCAGGAGCAUAUGAUGAACGAUCCAGAUGUGCAAGGUCUCUGCAAGGGUUUCGCCUCCUUGCUUUUCAGCCAUGCGAACCGGUUCUCCGAUAAAAGCGGUUGGAUGCUCUGUGUGUGGCUGGCGUUUAGUUGGAAUGAAGUUAAUGGCCGUAAACAUCAGCACCUCGGUGAGCGCUCGCGCCAGGCGACCGACGUCCGGAAGGGGAGGGCUUGUGCGGCUGCACUGAGAGCCGCACAGCUAGACUCUGUGGAUGAGCCCGAGCGCCCGCCGACCGAAGGGCUCAAGGAGGUGUCCAUUUCAGGUCCCAGCCCAGCCCCUGGCGGUCAGCCGGCCCCGUCGGCUUCACCAGCGCGGAACGAGCUCACCGCGGCCGGGACGUUACAAAGCACAGGUCCAGGCAAACCUGGCAGUGGAACCAGUGACCGCUUGGAGACUGACCGGAGGCAUGGCUGCAGCCCACUUGAAGAGGAUAAAUCUAAAUUACAGGAUAUAAUACCUCAGCCCCUGCUAGAUCAGUACGUGUCCAUGACCGACCCAGCUCGAGCCCAGACCGUCGAUACCGACAUAGCCAAACGCUGUGCCUACAGCCUCCCGGGGGUGGCGCUGACCCUGGGCAGGCAGAAUUGGCACUGCCUGAAAGAUACGUACGAGACGCUGGCUUCCGACGUGCAGUGGAAGGUCCUUCGGACCCUAGCCUUCUCCAUCCACGAGCUGGCUGUGAUCCUUGGGGAUCAGUUAACGGCUGCCGACCUGCUGCCCAUCUUCAAAGGAUCUUUAAAGGACCUGGAUGAAGUACGAAUAGGAGUUCUGAAACACCUGUAUGACUUUCUAAAGUUGCUUCAUGAAGACAAGAGGAGAGAAUAUCUUUAUCAGCUUCAAGAAUUUGUAGUGACCGAUAACAGCAGGAAUUGGAGGUUUCGAUACGGAUUGGCAGAACAGCUGAUACUGAUUUUGGAACUCUAUAAUCCUAAUGAUGUUUAUGAUUAUUUAGUGCAUAUUGCCUUAAAGUUGUGUGCAGAUAAAGUUUCUGAAGUUCGGUGGAUCUCCUUCAAGCUAGUUGUAGCAAUUCUGCAGAAGUUCUAUUCCAACAGUGAAAGUGCGGUGGGGUUAAAUUUCAUCAAUGAACUCAUCCUAAGGUUCCGGCACUGUUCUAAGUGGGUCGGAAGGCAAGCGUUUGCUUUCAUUUGUCAGGCAGUGGUGAGCGAGGAGUGUAUCCCUGUGGACCAGUUUGUUGAACACUUACUCCCCAGCCUUUUAAGCCUUGCAUCAGAUCCUGUGCCAAAUGUAAGGGUUUUGCUCGCCAAAGCUCUAAGACAGACACUGUUGGAAAAGGUGUAUUUUAGAAAUGCCGGUAACCCUCAUCUUGAAGUCUUUGAAGAGACUGUCUUAGCUUUGCAGUCUGACUGGGACCAAGAUGUUUCCUUUUUUGCCACCCUAGAACCAAAGCGGCGGAAUAGUAUAGACACUACCAUGCUAGAAAACCAGAAUUAA